CUGACUUCUGUCACUAGUGCUGUCAUUAUUCAAUUGUCAACUUUGUAGCAACAAUCGGGAGACUCGUCUUUAAAAUUAAUUUUUUUUACCUAUCUUAACCCGUUUCAAGUUAAAGUAAACAUGGCUGGUCAGGAUGAAGAUAACAGUAACCAAAAUGACAUCACAGAAAACUAUGAGAUAGAACCUACGGAACAAAGUGACGACGAAAUUGACAUUGAAGAUGUUGAAGAACUUAAUUUAUUGGAUUCAAAAUUGGAAGAGUUAAAUUCAGCUUUGGACUAUUUGGAGCAAAAAAAUGAUGAUAUACAGCAAAGCUUGAAGGAGCUAUUACAAUCAAACAUAGAAAUGAGGAAAGAAAUGCAAAAGCAAAAAGAACAAAACAAACAAGUGGAGAGUACAGAGGAUGAAAAGAUGGAAACAGCUGAAAAAAAUUAAGAUCAGAUCAUGUACAAUUCCUUAUUGAUUAACAGUAGAAUUUGUUUUAAUAAAUUAAACUGUUUUAAAUGUAUCAUAAGUUAAAUUAUUAAUAAAAUCGAAGAUAAUUUCAAAUAUAAUUAUGUAAUAAAACCAGUAUUCCAAGUCACUCUUUUCUUUAAGCUGUUCCAGAACCAAAGCUCUUCCCCUCACUGAUGGUUACAUUGGUGAAGUGAUUAAAAGUUUAUUAAUGUAAUAUAAAAUUAUGAUUUUGAAGUAUAUUUCUUUCAGUUUUGUUAGCUUUCUAAAAGACUGGCUACUGUUGGUGACAUACCUUAUUUACUACUAAAAAUAAUAAUGAUUAUUUAUGCA